GUAGUGAAGAACUGCGCGAGUACCGCAGCCGCAAGGACAUGCUACCACCCUCUAUGAUCUUCGGCUCUAGACGGAGAACGCUACCCAGAUCAAUUUAAGGGAGCAUGAUUCCAGUGACAGAAUUCCGGCAGUUCACGGAACAGCAACCAGCGUUCAGGGUUCUGAAGCCAUGGUGGGAUGUGUUCACAGACUACCUCUCUGUGGUCAUGCUCAUGAUAGGUGUGUUUGGGUGCACUCUGCAGGUAAUGCAAGACAAAAUCAUAUGCCUUCCUCAACGGUCGUUCUCAAAUCAGACAGAGCUGAUGGGCGCACCUGUUCCCUCAUCACCUGUAUCCUCAGUGCCUGUGGUGCAUGAGCUGAAAGGACUGAAGACAAACUUGGAUAUUCAGCAGUAUAACUACAUAAACCAAAUGUGCUACGAAAAGGCUCUUCAUUGGUAUGCCAAGUAUUUCCCAUACCUGGUUCUCAUACAUACCCUCAUUUUCAUGGUGUGCAGCAAUUUCUGGUUUAAGUUUCCUGGCUCCAGCUCCAAAAUUGAGCACUUUAUAUCCAUACUGGGCAAGUGUUUUGACUCUCCUUGGACUACAAGAGCUCUGUCAGAGGUAUCAGGGGAGAAUCCUGAAGAGAAGGACAACAAAAAGAACAGUGCCAGUAGGUCAAACCUUGAUACUCCAAUUGGUGAGGGCAACCUAGAGAAGACUCCAUCUCUCAGAUCCAUUCCUGAAAAAAUUGUUGUGGACAAGCCAGCAGCCAGUGUCCUUGACAAGAAGGAGGGAGAGCAAGCCAAGGCCUUAUUUGAAAAGGUCAAAAAAUUCCGCCUGCAUGUGGAGGAGGGUGAUAUAUUAUAUGUAAUGUAUGUCCGUCAGACUGUCGUGAAAGUGCUCAAGUUUAUCCUUAUAAUUGCUUACAACAGUGCUCUGGUCUCAAAGGUUCGGUUUACUGUUAGAUGUACUGUGGACAUAGAGGACAUGACAGGUUACCGGCACUUCUAUUGCAAUCAUACAAUGGCCCACUUGUUCUCUAAGCUCUCCUACUGUUAUUUGUGUUUUGUUAUUGUUUAUGGACUGACGUGUCUUUAUACAUCCUACUGGUUGUUCUAUCGUUCUCUGAAGGAAUACUCUUUUGAAUAUGUAAGGCAAGAAACUGGAAUUGAUGACAUCCCAGAUGUGAAGAAUGACUUUGCUUUCAUGUUACACAUGAUUGAUCAGUAUGAUCCCCUGUACUCCAAGAGGUUUGCUGUAUUUCUGUCAGAGGUCAGUGAAAAUAAGCUUAAACAGCUUAACCUCAACCAUGAGUGGACAGCUGACAAGCUUCGGCAGAAGCUGCAGACCAAUAGCAAUAACAGGCUGGAGCUUCAGCUCUUCAUGCUCUCUGGUCUUCCGGAUACCAUCUUUGAGGUGACAGAGCUGCAGUCUUUGAAGCUCGAGAUCAUUAAUAAUGUUACCAUACCCGCAGCAAUUGCCCAGCUGGAGGAUCUCCAGGAGCUUUCACUUUACCAGUGCUCGCUCAAGAUCCACAGCGCAGCCACAUCAUUCCUCAAGGAGAACUUGAAGGUGUUGCGAGUGAAGUUUGAUGACUUCCGUGAACUUCCACAGUGGUUGUAUGUGUUGCGAAACUUGGAAGAACUCCAUCUGAUUGGCUCUUUGUGUUCUGAUGCAUCAAAGAAUAUAACCCUAGACUCUCUACGAGAGCUCAAGGCGCUAAAGACCCUGACACUCAAGAGCAACUUCAGCAAGAUCCCUCAGUCAAUUGUGGAUGUGGCCAGCCAUCUACAACGUCUCUGUAUUUGCAAUGAUGGCACCAAGCUUGUCAUGCUAAACAACCUUAAAAAGAUGGUGAAUCUUGUAGAACUUGAGUUGGUGCAUUGUGACCUGGAACGCAUACCACAUGGCAUUUUCAGCCUUACUAAUCUGCAGACAUUGGACCUGAAGGAGAACAAUCUACGCUCCAUUGAGGAGAUUGUCAGCUUUCAGCACCUCCGUAAGCUGACCUGUCUGAAGCUUUGGCACAAUUCCAUCACUUUUAUUCCUGAACACAUCAAAAAACUCAGCAGCUUGGAGCGGCUCCACUUCAGCCACAACAAGAUCGAAAUCCUGCCUUCCCACUUGUUCCUCUGCACCAAACUGCGCUACCUCGAUCUUUCCAACAACGACAUUCGUUUUAUCCCACCGGAGAUUGGCGUUCUCCAGAGCCUUCAAUACUUCUCUGUUAGUUGUAACAAACUCGAAAAUAUUCCAGAUGAACUCUUCUUCUGUAAGAAGCUGAAAACUCUGAAGCUCGGCAGAAACACACUGUCUGUCCUCUCACCAAAGAUUUCAUACCUAAGUGUACUGUCUCACUUGGAGUUAAAGGGUAAUCACUUUGAGGUCUUGCCAGCCGAGCUUGGCUGUUGCCGUACCUUAAAGCAGAGUGGACUUGUGGUAGAAGACGUGCUGUAUGAAACUCUGCCUUCAGACAUCAGGGAACAAAUGCAAAAAGAGUGAUGCUCCAAUGGUUUGCUUUAAUGCCAAAUGUUUUAAUCGGACUCCUUAACAGACAACACUCCAAGUGUUCCAUCCUGUAGUAUGUAUUGUGAUCUAUAUGGGUGAAUACCUGCAGUUUCAUGUUUAGAGUUGGACUUAAACAUGCUUACUGGCCUUUUAUGCAUAAAAGUUUGAGAUAUUUAGGGAUGAACACCUUUUAAUGCCUUACAUUGUAUAUUAUGAAAAACAAGUAGUCAGGUAUACAAAUUUAAAACUGUUUAUCUUAAAUUAAGAACUUUUUUUGUUAUUUAAGCAACCAAAGACAGGGAUUUAUUUACAGGCAGUGGGAGGUAUGACAAUUCCAUUGUAUACUUUCACUGCUUAUGACUGACAUUUGCUUUCAUAACCCAUUAUGCUUUUACAGGUCAAGUACUGUACAACAUGUUUUGCACUGGAAAUUUCAGUAUUAGAAUUUGCACUGGAAACUUCAUUAUUUUACUUUUUAUUGUUUAUAUAGGACUUUGCGAGGGUUUAUUGAAGUACUUGCGAUAGGAAAGCAUACAGUGCAUUUAAUCAUUUAUGCUAGUUGUUUGUACUUGUUUUUUUUGUUUUUCUCCCUACAUAUUUACUUUUAAGAAUUAUAAAGCUUUAUGAAAACGGGGAGCCUUAUCAUGCAUGUGAUCUCAGGUAGAUUUAACUGUUUUUGUUUUUAUCACUGUUAAACUGGUUUGGGAGCUGUUGACAGUGGAUUAUUGGUAGAUAAAGAGAGCUGCAUCAUAUUAUAACUCUUAUGAACAAGUUAUUUAAGCUUCAGCUAGUAAGCAACACAUAAAGUGGGUCUUUAUUCACCCAGUAAUUGCCUAUUUACCUGUUAGUUACUCUCGAGUGUAAGACAAUUCAGAUAUAGACAGUCAAAAUGUGUUCCAGACACGAUCUCUAUUGCCUUAACCUAUUUUUAUACUAUAUACAUUUUUCUCCAGCUGCUUUUCUCAUAUCAUUCGUAAGUAAUAUUCAACAAUACACUAUAAUAGAGGUUUGGAUUAUUCACCAUAUUAAAUUAGGCAAUAGUAUGUGUUAAUAUAUCUUGCAUUGUAUGCUGUAAUUGUUUAUAUUUUAUGUAAAAUGAAAGAAAAAAGUUAAAAGCAUAUUAUAUAUAUAUAUAUAUAUAUAUAUA